AGCCUUUUGACCUUCAUUUUCCUCCAAUAUUUUAAUGUUGAAAACAUUUAGCAUUGAAAUCUGCCUUGAAGUAGGAUCUGGAUCUGGAGUAGUUUCAACUUUUGUGGCAUCAUUAAUUGAAUCUAAAGCUUUAUACAUAUGUACUGAUAUCAACCCUGUGGCAGGUCUGUGCACAGUGGAGACAGCUAUACGUAAUAAGGUUGACAUUGAGCCCAUAAUUACUAAUUUGGUAACAGGAUUAUUGCCACGACUUCUUGGGAAAGUUGAUUUGCUGCUGUUUAACCCACCCUAUGUGGUAACUCCUUCUGUUGAGGUAGAAGGCCAUGGAAUAGAAGCAGCCUGGGCUGGAGGUAAAAAUGGCAGAGAAGUUAUGGACAGACUCUUUCCGGUUGUGUCAGACUUGCUUUCAACAAGAGGUUUAUUUUACUUAGUUACAGUUGAAGAAAAUAAUCCAGGUGAAAUUAUAGAAAUGCUACGGAAAUGUGGUUUAAAAGGCACCAAGGUAAUAUGUAGACAGGCUGGAAGUGAGAAUCUCUCAGUACUCAGAUUCUGUAAACCCUGAAGACUUCAUAUGCUAUUA